GUCUCGAUUGUUGAUCCGCCCAUCAGUCUGCCGUGUCUCAUCAGGGUUGGGCUGAAUCGGUAUAUCUGGCAAUAACAAGCGUUGCUGACUUAGGUGACUUGUGAGUCACGCUUCGAUUUUUGCGCAGCUUAAGAUGACCACCAUCCUCUCCUUCGUCAAAGUAUAGUAAACGACAAGAAAGCAUCUAUCGCUCUAUCACCCCAUUGAUCAAGACCCCCAAUCAAGGAUGGCUUCUCAAGAGUACUACGGAGGCGGCCAACAACCUCAGGGGUACUAUCCUCCUCAAGGAGGUCAGCCAGGCUACGGUCCUGGACCCGGGUACCCUCAACAAGGCGGUUACCCACAGCAGGGCGGAUACCCUCAGCCAGGAGGAUAUGGCGGACAACCUCCCAUGAUGCAGCAGCCAUACGGAGGUCAAGGCAUGUCGCCUUUGCAACAGAAACAAGCAUCCGCACGUGACAAGCACGGAUGCUGCGGACCUUGCGCCGCUUGCUGCCUUGGUGCUUGCGCUUGCUGCUGCCUCGAGGAUAUUGCUUGCGCCGAGUGCUUGGACUGCUUAUUCUAAGCAUGAUCUGGGACCGGAUCAAGUGUGAGCCGAGGCACUGACCGGACCAUGCGAUGCAGCUCAAUCAGCCACUGCUGCAUGGACGGAGCUCGUCUAAGUGCUGUAAUCUCAUGUCACGAGCAGUCUUUGGUUGAUGGUCACGGUCUGACAUGCACAACGCACUCAAACUCUGACUGAUGAAUUCGUG